AUGGCAGCCAGAGGGGUCCUCCCAGUUUUCCGUACAACGCCCAUCGCUACCCUAUACCGGGAUGCUGGGCUCCCAUCAGCAAUGGUAGCUCUGGAGGAGGCCAAAGUUCGAUUCGCGACAAGGCUUCAGGUGGUGGAUGAGAAGCACCCACUGGCUUCACGGAUAGCGCCUCCAAUGAUCACACGAGGAAGAGGGGCUGGAACCCGGCAGCGCUCAAAGACCAAGAUCCAGCGGUUGGGGGCGCUGCUACCUGCAGUCAAUAGACCCACACUUGCCAUCCCACACUACUCAGAGGGAUGCGGGACAGACCCCACAGAGGGUGUAGACAAAAAGAGUGCUGCUCAGGCAUUCAAGGAAUGGUGGAGAAGUCAACCCUCAACAGAUCUAUAUGUUUUCUCAGAUGGAUCAGAACAGAACCUUGACAACAGCAGGCAGGUGGGCUAUGGCUUCAUAGUCUAUCAGGGAAAUAAACAGCUGGCCAGCUUCUCAGCUGCGCUGAGCCCUAUGUCACAUGUCUUCGACGCUGAGGCAGUUGGUGCCUGCCGGGCAUUAGAGUGCGCCGUGAAGCUCCUACCUUGUGUCACAGAGGACAGCAGCAACCCUCAGAUCUGGCUCUGCCUCGACAACACCUCAGUCAUCUGGGGCAUACGGGGCAGUGCAGCAGCCUCCUCAAACUGGGCCUACAACCGCUGCCAUGAGGUCCUCAGACAGCACAAUGUCGGCCUGAAAUGGGCUCCUGGGCAUAUGGGGAUAGAGGGCAAUGAGGAAGCAGACCGCUUGGCUAAGCGGGCAGUCUCAUCCACUGUAGCCCCAGCCUAUGGUCUCGAGGCCACACCCACAGUCAGUGGGGUCCGCACAGUGGCCAAGCAGCUCAGCCAAGAGGCAAGGCGAAAGUGGUGGAGUGGAGCCUAUGGCAAGCUCUCUGACUGGUACCGGGGCUGGAGUUUCAGCAGGCCGACUGGGGAAUACCAAGUGAAGGCCCCUCCGGAGCUCACCAUGCCACGGCAUGCCCUUCACCGCUGGCUCGCACUCCGCUCCUCUCAUGGGGACUUCUCCUGGUACCACAGGCGUUUCCAGCAUGCAGAUGCGAGGCUCACCUGUGUCUGUGGACACAACAAGAGCCCAGAACAUUUGGUGCUCUGUCGACACUCACAGAGGCACUUUCUUCACUGGCCCAAGAGGCCAGCAGCACGGCCACACAACCGGGCGACAGCUGUUGCCUAUCUAGGGUCUCUGACCCCUACAGACUUUGUAGAACUGCUGGACUGCACGCAGUUCUACACACGGUACUGCACAAGGUAA